AUGGCAUCAGCGGUUCAGCCCAGCCGGAAAGGAUCCAGUAAAAGUGCGCCAAUGGAGCAAACUAUUACAACAAUCCAGCCGCCAGACCUUCGUCAAGUCACUGUGUUGAGUAAGGCUGAAUGGCGAAGGAUUCGAGAUCAACCAAACCAGGUUAAAAAAGAAAGGGAGCGUUUGAGAGAAGCAGCUGAAGAGAGAGAAGCUCUGCACCAGCAGUCAAAAGAGGAGGUGAAACUGUGGCCCAAUUCCAUCACUAAUAUAAGGCGAAAGAAGCUGGAGGCAAAGAAGAUUCGAGAGCAGAUUGAGGAGGAGAAAAGGAAACAGAUGGAUAUUGAAGAAGCCAAAUACAAGGCGCAGAAGCGGAAAGAGGCCAUCGAAAGAACAAAGACUAUGCAGUAUUAUCAAACUGACCGGGUUAAAGGAUUGCAUCGGGCACUCCAGCUGACGGAGGUGCUGAAGGAGAGGGAGGCUCAGAUUGAGCUGCAGCAAAGAAAGAAGAGUGCAACGAAAGACGUGGACAAAGAAUACGUGGAAAUGGUAAAGAGCCGAGAGGAUGAAGCCUUGAGACAGGAGCGGGAGAAAUCACUGCAGAAGAAGCUUGAGAGACGAGCUGCUGCAGAGGACCUGAAACACCAAAUUAAGGAAAAAGAACUUGUGAAAGAGCAACAGAAGCUGGAGAACAAGAAGGACGAAAAAGAAAUUCAGCGUCUUCAGGAGCUCUAUCAGUGGGAGCAAAGAAUGGAGUCAGAAAGACAAGCAAAUGACAAGAGAAACCUUAUGCAAGCUCACCUGGAGCAUCUCGCCAACAGAGACCUCACAAGAGCAAUAGAUGCACAAAAACAGGAGGCUGAGGAGAAGCAAAGGGAACUUUUUCUCUCUGCCAAACAAAAAAUGAUGAAGUUACGUAACGAAAAAGAAAAAGACCUGUUUAGGGAAGCACAGAUGCGCAGAGAAAGGAUCAUGAACAGACUCACGGUGAAGCAGCAGGAGGAAGCUGUCAGCGAGGAGGAGAGGAUCGUGAAGGCUGUCGCUGAGCGGGAUGCAAAACAGGCGCAACAGCAGCAGGAGGAGGAGGAGAGGAAGGCGGAGAUGUUGAAGUCCAUCGCUGCCCACAGAGAAUCCAUGAGACAAGAAAAAGAGCAGAGGAAGAAAAUAGCAGAACAGAGCACCCGAGAUGCACUGCAGGCGAUAAAAGAGUCCGACAAAAUAUUUUCUGAGAAACAACAAUUGAAGGCGAAGAAAAUCAGAGAAGAGGAAAGAAAACUACAAGACUUCAACGUCACACAAAUGGCUGAGAAAAGUGCCAGGGAACAGCAGCUGAAAGAAGAGGAGCGCCGGACUGAAGCGAAGAACGCAGAACUCGUGGCUGAAGAGGAGAACAGGUUUCAGCAAUAUUCACAGGAGGUCAUCAGCGCAGCAGCUGCAGCUCAGGGAAAUCUGUUUCCGCUUUGCAAAGCUGCAAGGGAAGGAAUCGGAGGAGGGCACGGUCCAGUCUUUCAGGGGGUCAGGCCGAGCUACCUGGUUCAGGACCGCACCGGUGCUCAGAUGCCGAAAUAUGUCUGUGGCACCACUGAGAACAUGAAAAAGUUGAAUGAGGUCGUAGAUAUACUGGAAGCAAAGAAGAGGCUUGGGUUCACAUGGUGA